AUGGCGGUUACUAGGGAAUCAGUGCUUCAGAGCCCAACCUCUGAAGCAACCAAGCAGUCACUCCCCCCAAAUGGUGUAGAUCUCAGUUCAGGGCAAUUUGCGCUGAACACAUGUGUGGAGGUGUACUGCGAAGACCACAAAAAUACAAAGGCUGUCCUCAGAUUGUCUGGCACAUUUUCUGUCGAAUUUAGUCAGGAUGCAGGGCUCGUGCAACGCGACACCACGCCUCGUCUAUAUACUACGGCUCUGCAAAAUGCCCUUUUCAAAGGCGCCGUGCUGAAGCUCAGUUCAGAGUGUGACCAAAAGAUUGAUCAAGAUCACUCCGAUUGCUCUUCAACUUCAGAUAUGAGCCUCAGUGCCUCAAGUGAAGAUACUGUCGCUACCUCGGACACGCAGGACAGCUCCAGCGAUGUCGCUUCGGCGGAGGAUCCAAGCAGUGCAGGCAGCCCAUUGGAGAAGUCCAAAGACGAUGGGCUGGAAAAUCAAACUGGAGCUGACGGAGGAAAUCAAGUCGCCAAUUCGAAGCCAAGCCUCAUCAUUCCUUCCGAGAAAGAAUCAGGCGAAGAGAUCCAAGAAACCGCUGCCAAAGAAUCUUCGCAAGCCGCGGCUCCAAGCACUGAGCAAGCAAAAUCCGAGGAGGUCUUCGUCGAAGCGACACAAAAGGCCAUACAGUCGGCCGAGAAACUCGAGCUGGACUUCAGUCGUGUGUCGGAAUCCGCGUCGCAUCCCAGAACCACGAACGAUGCUUCAACACUCAGCGUAGCUAAGAAAUUAAGCAAAGAGGCCAAGACUCAGCGGUCUGCAGCACUGAAGAAGAAGAGAGAAGAAAGGAAAAAGGAGCAUGAGGAGCAGGUCGAGGACUUGAUGGAGGAGAUCGCUCAUCAGCGCGAAGUCCUCCGAUCGCGUCGAGACCAGAAGAAGCAAAAGCAAAAGCUACAAGCGCUUCAGAAGCAACUAGAACGUCUGUGCAAGAAGGAGGUCGACGACGAUGACUACGAAACAAGUGGCGACGAGGAGGAUGUAGACGAAGAGAAAUCGGCAGAGAAGUCGGAGCCAUCAUCCGAGAACUUGGAUGACAAAGACGAAAAGGCCAACGACGAUGUUUCAGCCACGGAGGAGCCUGACCCAUCAGCAGCUGACGAGAAAGGGAGCGUUGAGGCCGAAGAUCCAAACGCCUGGCCCGUUGUCAGCUCCAAAGCGAAGCAGGAAUGGGAGACCCGGAAAAAGUCAAGGGAUGAAGAAAACAGUCAUCUAGACGGAAUUAUGGAUUUCAUCGGGCUCGAGUCUGUCAAGGCGAAGAUGCUCGAGAUCAAGACUCUGGUUGAUACUUCUCGGCGCCAGGACGUCAAUCUCAGUAAAGAGAGAUUCAACACGGUCUUGGUGGGCAACUCUGGAACCGGAAAGACAACAUUGGCCAAGCUGUACGCCAAAUUCCUCUCAUCACUUGAGCUUGCCGACGACUUUUUGGCGACGACUUCCGGCUCAAAACUGGUGUACGAGGGUAUCAACGACCUCAAGAAUUGUAUCAGCCAGAUCGACGAGAGAGGCGUCGUCAUGAUAGACGAUGCUCAUAUUCUCCGUCCUGAUAUCAGCAGCACAGGCCGUAAAGUGCUCGACUAUCUCGUUACUGAGAUGGACAGGCUACAAGGCAAUGUCAUCUUUAUCUUCACCGGAUCCGGCAAGGACAUGGACACAUUCAUGAGCCACAACCAAAGCUUGCAGAGUCGGAUCCCAUUCACAAUCAGCUUCGAUGACUAUCAGGAUACGGAGCUACUUCAAAUCCUUGAGAAGCAGCUUCACGAAAAGUUUAAUGGCAAAAUGAAGGUUGAUAAAGGCGUGAACGGUCUGUACAUGCGCAUUGUAGCCCGACGAAUGGGGAGAUGUCGUGGACCGUCCAACUUUGGGAACGCCCGGGAGGUCGAAAAUACACUAUUGCGAAUGUUGUUCAGACAGGCUGUCCGACUGGAAGAGUGCCGCAAAUCGGACAAGGAGGCCGAUGACCUUUUCCUCACAAUGGAGGAUAUUGUGGGCCCUCCGCCGUCCACGGCUCUGGAGAGCAGCAAGGCGUGGAAGGAUCUUCAGGCGAUGGUUGGACUCAAGUCCGUUAAAGAAUCUCUCAAGGCACUGGUGCAUCGACUGCAAAUCAACUACGACCGUGAGCUUGCUGAGAAGCCCGUCGUCGACUGCCCUUUAAACAGAAUCUUCCUCGGCAAUCCUGGCACUGGAAAGACGACUGUCGCCAAGCACUACGGACAGAUCAUGGUCGACAUUGGGCUGCUCACUGACGGAGAAGUUGUGGUCAAGAGCCCAGCUGACUUUAUCGGAGAGUAUCUCGGUGAGUCUGAGAACAUCACGAAGAGAAUACUCGCAUCCACAAGGGGCAAAGUCCUCAUUAUCGAUGAGGCUUAUGCGCUUAGCGAUAGUAGCGAUGAGUCGAAUGAGCACGGAUCUGGGAAUAUCUACAAAACAGCCAUCAUUGACACCUUGGUCGCAAACAUCCAAGGUGCUCCCAAUGAGUGUAUUUUGUUGCUUGGAUACCGAGACCGAAUGGAAAGAAUGUUUCAGGCAUCGAACCCAGGUCUGAGCCGCAGGUUUCCAAUGUCGUCUGCAUUCGAAUUCGACGAUUUCACAGACGAAGAAUUGCGAGAAAUCCUCGACUUGAAGCUCAAGGAUCAAGGUUUCACGGCAUCCGAUAAAGCCAAGAGUGUUGCUAUGGAGGUCCUCUCGCGAGCACGGAAUCACCGCAAUUUCGGGAAUGCUGGCGAGAUCGACAUAUUGUUCAGCAGAGCUAAAGAGCUGCAGCAGGGCCGACUCGCUUCGUGUACCGACGAGUAUGAUCCGUUCUUGCUGGAAUCACAAGACUUUGAUGCCGAUUUUGAGAGGCCUACUCAUGCUGAAGUCCGCAUUCGAGACUUGUUCAAGGACUUCGUUGGUGCCGACGAUCUUGUUGAAAAGCUUGUGGGCUACUCACGCAUGGUACAAAAUGCAAAGGCUCUGGAGAUGGAGCCGCGCUCGCAAAUUCCCUUCAACUACCUCUUCAGAGGUCCUCCUGGCACUGGUAAGACGACAACAGCUCGGAGAAUCGGGCAAGUGUUCUACGAUAUGGGGCUGUUGGCCACCAAUCAAGUAUACGAUUGCUCGACAACAGACCUCAUCGGAGAAUUCCUCGGCCAAACGGGCCCCAAGACACAAAAGGUCUUCCAGCGAGCUCUUGGAAAGGUUCUCUUCAUUGACGAGGCGUAUCGUUUUAAUGAUGACAACAAUUUCGGAAAAGAGGCUCUUAUUGAGAUGCUAAAUCUCCUGACGAAAGAGGCAUACAAGAACAAGCUUGUAGUCAUUCUCGCUGGGUACAAUGACGACAUUAACAAGCUCUUGAAAGUCAAUGCUGGAUUGGGCAGUCGUUUCCCAGAAGUGAUCCAGUUCGAGAGCCUCAAGCCCAAAGACUGCGUCCAGCUGUUUGUCCAACGCCUCGAAGAGCAGAAACUGGACGCAAGUGCCGUGAAGCCAGCUCCAGUCAAAGGCAAGCUACAGAGCGCCUUUGAAAGGCUUUCUGCAUUGCCAGAUUGGGGAAACGCCAGAGAUGUCGACGCACUGGCGAAGGCAGUCUUCGGUAGAAUAUUGAAGGAUUCCAGCGCUGAAAAGCCUGAGCUGGUGGCCAAGGUCGACGCGGUCGACGCGGAAGUUGACGCAAUGAUUACGGAAAGAGAGCAGAGAAACGGGGAGUCCUGCCCCGUGACACAUCUUUAUCUAUAG